GCACUCACACACACAUACAGUACUGAGUGUUGCUAGCUGGUUAGCACCUCAACAUAAACAAUCUGUCAUUGUAAUAUAAAGCCAGUCGCAAUUAAAAAAUGAGCGAUCACGGCAAAGGUUACGGCGACCGGGUUAAGGUUGGAAGAAGAAAAUGCGGAAGAAGUCCACUAUAUUUUCAAUAAUAUGAAGCUCAGAUGUGUGAAGCUGAUUAUUGAAUGCAUGCUAAAACAGGAGGAGGGAAGAAGUAUGGGCAGUGUGUGAGAUGGGGGAAGUAAGAAGAUGUAAAACAAUUGAAGAAAGAAGAAUAAUGUGAAGUAAUGAAGUUAAAGAAAUGAAGGAGUCUCGCUCUGCAUCCAGGAGUGUGAGUCCUCGCGGCUCUGGGAAGUCGGCAAGCCGCUCCCCAGCUCGGUCACCUGCACGUUCAAAAGAAGGCUCCCGCCACUCCCGCUCUAAAUCUCGCUCUCGGUCCAGGUCAAAAUCUGGGUCCCACUCCCAUCGUGGCUCACGGAGACACUAUAGCCGAUCUCGCUCCCGCUCAAGGUCCUAUCGUCGCCGAUCUAACAGCAGGUCCUAUAGUGGGGAGCGCCGGCGCAGGAGCCAUAGCCGCUCACCGAUGUCCAACCGCCGCAGGCACAUCGGCAACCGUGUAAGUGCUCAGCAACCUUUGUGGGACCAAGAGGCUAAUCCAGAUCCCAAUGGUUGCGUGGGAGUGUUUGGCCUGAGCUUGUACACCACAGAGAGGGAUCUGAGGGAGGUCUUCUCUAAAUAUGGCCCCUUGGCGGAUGUCUCUAUUGUGUAUGACCAGCAGUCGAGGCGCUCCAGGGGCUUUGCUUUCGUCUACUUUGAGAACACCGAUGACGCUAAAGAGGCAAAGGAACGAGCCAAUGGCAUGGAGCUGGACGGUCGUAGGAUCAGGGUGGACUUCUCCAUCACAAAAAGACCUCACACCCCAACCCCUGGAAUCUACAUGGGUCGGCCCACAUAUGGUGGUGGUGGCGGUGGAGGAGGUGGUGGAAGUGGUCCAAGUGGUCCCCGCCGCAAUUCACGCGACUAUGAUCGUGGAUAUGACCGCGGAUACGACCGUGGAUACGACAGAGGCGGCUAUGAUCGGUAUGACGACAGGGAUCACUACAGAUCAUACAGAAGGCGAUCUCCGUCCCCGUACUACAGAGGGGCUUACAGAUCUCGCUCCAGAUCGCGGUCUUAUUCUCCACGUCGCUACUGAACGUUGCUGUCAAGCCCCUCCACCUCCCGCGCUCAGACAGGAAAUGAUUCUGAGUGGAAUGAUUGAUUUCAGAAUAGAUCUUCUUUCUUAAGGUGAUCAUCACACUUCUGUUCUCUAACGUACAUGACCAGUAAAUGUAUACUGGGAUCAGUUUUGACAUAACUCGAGCUGUCCCUUCAUGUUGUUAAUUUUAAAUGUAUAGGCAACAUCUGCCGUAAAAAAAAUAUAUUAAUGUUUUUAUUAAUGUAUUUUUUGUAUACAAGAUCGGGUGAACGUUCAUCUUUGAACCGAUUAAAAGGAAGAUGCACUUUUUUUCA